AUGCCUAGUAGAUCGCCUUCAAAGACUUCAAAAACUUCCACCGACAAGACACCUUCCCUCAACCACCUGAUUCGGUGCCUGAGAUAUCUCUCGGUGCAGCCCUCAUCAUUUGUUCACCAACAGGUCCAGGCAAUCUUACGUGYAGAUCGAACCAUUGACGUCGACAAACACGAUGGAGAAGGCAACCUUACAUAUUGCAAUGCCAAAGCUGAGAUACGAAAUCUAUACAAGAACUUCAGACCGAGCGACCAUGAUGGACCAACACUGUCCAUGAUUCUAGGAAUGAAGCCGACUCUGCAAGGUUCCACACCCCUCGUUGAGGACAGGCCUACUAAUGCCGAAGAAAUAAUGUUGGGACCAGAGCAAGAUUCUACAAAAGAGGAGCCAAAGAGCGUCGCCACCACGAAAGCUUCCAAACGCGACAUUGCCAUAGAUCUUUCAUCCGACUCUGAGGAGGACGCAGCUCUCUCUGACGGUGGACCUUCCAGCAGACCUUACAGCCAUUCUCAGCUGCGAGCAAGAAAGCGCAGGCCAGAUAAGUCCAUUCGAAACUCACAACGUAUCGAGCUUCGCAACAGAGCUCUCCAAGAAUUGCAUGAAAUUGAUACCCUUUCUGCGAGACCGCACCCAUUCAAAAUCCGUCGACGUGCUCGUGGCCCUGCUUCAAUGAGUGUCUCACUCGGCUCGAGACACCCCAGGAAACCAGUCGAGCCAGACUUUGUUCGUCAUCGUCGGCCGGAGAAYAAAGAUGUCUGGUAUAGCCAUCUUGUCCCGGACACCCGUGAAGACUGGGCAAGCGGUCAUCUCACACAAAUCCACAAGCGAUGUCUUUCGAAUAUCGCCAACAUUGAGGAAACGAUUGCGGGAGUACGAGCUAGCUCGCCGUGCAAUCAUUGUCAGCAGCAAGGGUUUGAUUGUAUCGUGUACGAUCCUGAUACUGUCAAUCUCUACUGCGGAUUAGAUGAAUGGCAAUCGUGCAGUCGUUGCUGGGCAUUGGGUUUUUCAGAUGCGCCAAUGGCGAUUUGCAGUCGAGUUCAGGAACACGAGACAUGA